AUGCGGUAACACCAAGAGCGAUCGUAGUAUUUUUUUUUUUUAUAACUUUAAAAACAGAUCAAAUACUUUAUAAGCAACGGAACACUGGUAUAGACGAACUGACAAACAAUUUCUUAUAUCAUUCCGUUAAGGUUGUGAAUAAUUUGCCCAAUUUGUUUUACUCCUUCUUUAAAAACUUAACUAUAUUUUUUUAUAAAUAUUCUUUAAUCCAACUAUAUAAAAAUAAAUGUUCCACAUGUUUUUAACUUUGAAAAGUAUUAUAUCUAUAUAAUUGAACAACCGACAAAUUAUAAUCUUAUCAAUAACGACGAAAUGAUAACGUUACUAAAAAUUAUACAGAACACGUUUGAAUUCUACUAUAAUUUAGUUUAGUUCGUGUAUACGUGUGUACUAUGUAUGUGAUUACAAUAUUGCGGUUGGUCUAUUGAAAACAUUUUUUUAUAGAUAUUUUAUUAUUUUAAAUUCUGAGAGGAGCGGAGAAUUUAAUAGUUUUACAAAGAUAUUUUUUUUUCUGUGGACAACUUUUCAACCAGAGGUUAAACUUAUUAAACUCUUAUUUUCAAGUGUAACACCUUUUCUGAAAUAAAAUCGGUGUGUGGAGAUAUUUUAAGGUGGUCAAUUUUUGAUUUUCUUGAGAGUUUUCUCAUCAGAUUUGAAAGCCGAAAAAAUACGAGAAAAUAUAAGAAAUAUAGGUAUUAGUUAAAAUAUAUUACGGCCUUCUUUUUUUCUGUGCACAACUUUUCUACCAACAAUUUUGUUCCAACUUAUAUUAAUAGCAAUGUUUUUAAAAGAAAAUUUCACUAGAAAGGUACUUUAGAGAGGUCAUUUUUCGAUUUUCUCAAGAGUUUUUCCAGCAAAUGUAAAAAACCGGGAUAAACGAAAAGAAAACUGGAAAUAUAGGUAACACAUUAAACAAAUAUUGUUAAAGAAUAUUAUUAAAGCCUAUUUAAUUAUUUUACUAUAAAAUGAUAUAUAUUGUUGACAAUAUCUACUGAACUCCGCACAGAAUCGUUUUUUUCAUAAGCAAUGGUUUAUCGUUGCUUACAAGUAUACAUUAAAUUACCUAUAACAUUUUAUUUCUUGAAAUUUAUUGUGCAUGUGUAUGCUAUUGCCAUUCUUACUAUUAUUUUUUCAUUUUUUUGCGAUAACAUUACACGAUGUUAUACAUCAUUCAUACUUACCGUGCUUGUCUACAUCGUCAAGGUAAAAAGAUUAGGUUGAGCCGCUGAGUAAAAGAAACGCCUAAGGCGUGCGAAUAAAGUUGGUUCAAAAGAGUGUUCCCAGAAGCAUCUCAAACUAAAGUCUAAAAAGGGAUUUACAAGAAUUUAAGAUAAUAAAGCAAUAACGAAUUCCAAAAACGGAAAAAAUUUAAAAUAUCAUUUUUUAGGGGAUAAUCUUUUUUUAUAAAAUAAAACUAGGAUUGUAGAUUUAGGAAGAUUUUGAGACGGUACUAAAGUUAGUUUAAGGUGUUUUUUAGCUUACCUAUAGCUUACCAGGAUGAAAAUAGUAAUUUGAUGUAAAAUGUUUAAAGCAAACUUAAACAAUUUUUUUUACUUAAUGACUCUUUUGAUAAUUUUUAAGUGAUGGCUCUUAUACGCUGACGGUUAACAAAUUCUUCAAAGCCAGUUUUAUUUCAACACAAUAUUUUAGGUUCAUUUGCAUUUGGCAAAAGGUGAAAACUUAUACAUUUCUCUUCAGAGUAAUAAGUUUUACACCUAAAUACAGAACAGUAGUUUUUACUUUUCUUUUUAGAAUUAAUUUAUUAAAUGUGAACAGGACUUUAUUUUACAAUCUGUUUGACUCUGUGAUAGAGUUCCUGGAAAACAAAAACACAGGUCUUUGCGAUAACCUCAUCACAUCAAAGAAUGAUAUUGCGUACUUGACAGAUCUCAAUAAGUUAUAUAACGAUGUCAAUCUCCAGCUUCAAGGUGACAACUUGAACUUGAUUAAAACAAAAACCUAUUAUAUUGCUACAUUCGUUUCCAAAUUGCUACUAUACAAGAAAAAUAUUCGUAGACGUGAAUUUAAUAGCUUUUCUAAUUUAACAACAGCACAUUUCAUUUACGACAACUUGGUUGUUUACUGUCAACACGUGGAGAACCUCCACAUUGAUUUCAAAGAACGAUUCCUGGACAUUUUAAACAUGAACUUACUAGACUGGGUAUUAGAUUCUUUAUCAAAUACCAACACAGCAGAAUCAUCCCAGUUAGAACAACAACUUUUAGAACUUACCAAAAAUGAGGAAAUCAAAUUGAAAUUCAAGAAUGGUAUCAAGAAUUUUGGCUGCAAAAGCUAA